UGUCAAUAAACCAUAGACAGUAAAAGCAAUAAACAGAAUUAGCAAUAGCAGGUGCCAUCCAUUGUCAUUUUAAACAAAAUGUAAAAUGUUUCAUGAUAGACAAUGCAAUAUAGUGUAAAUGGAUGGCUUCAUUAGUUAAUGUUGUAUCACUUGGUAGUUCUUUUGUUUUGGUAAUCGGCUUAUGUUAGCAUCUGUAACAUAAAUGGAGAUAUUUGAAGGCUAUAUAUUCACCGCUCUUUGCAGCACAAACUUUUUGAUAUCAUGUCUCUUGUUCUCCCAAAUAACGAGAGAACAGAGGGAGCCAUACAUGGACGAAAUAUUUCAUGUACCCCAAGCUCAGAAAUUUUGUGAAGGGAAGUUUCAUGAGUGGGACCCCAUGAUCACAACGCUUCCUGGACUGUAUUUGGCCUCGGUAGGGUUGAUCAAACCGGUGGUUUGGCUGGCCGACCUUACCGGGAAGGUAGUGUGUUCCACCGCUAUGUUACGAUUCAUCAACACGCUCUUCAACUGCGGAAAUCUCUACUUGCUCUAUCUCAUCGUCUGCAAACUCCACAUCAAAGACAAGUCCCGCGCGGCUUGGCGGCGCGUCCUCACGGCGCUGUCCCUCUCCUCCUUCCCCGUGCUCUACUUCUUUACCUUCCUCUACUACACGGACGCCGGCUCAACCUUCUUCACGCUCUUCACCUACCUGAUGGCGCUCUAUGGCUCCCACAAGGCUGCCGCCACGCUGGGCGUCUGCGCCAUACUGUUCCGCCAGACCAACGUGGUAUGGGUGGGCUUCUGUGCCGGCACCGUGGUGGCGCAGAGGAUGGACGAGACCUGGUUGGCCGAGCAGACCAAGAAGCGCGACCAGCGGAUGCCCACCGUGCCCCUCAGCGUCUCCGGCGCCAAGCAGCUGGCGCGCUUCCUGUGGGAGUUCGCCACGGCGCCCGCUAACCUUGCGGCGGUCGUCACGGCGACGUGGCCGUACCUCCUGGUGGCUGUCGGCUUCGCGGGCUUCGUGGCGUGGAACGGCGGCAUCGUGGUGGGCGACCGGAGCAGCCAUGAGGCUUGCCUGAAUUUCCCCCAGCUCUUCUACUUCCUGUCGUUCGCGCUGCUCUUCGCGCUGCCCGUCACGCUCUGCCACCAGAGGGUGCUACGGUUCCUCCAGUCGCUGCGCCGCCGACCGCUGCUCUACCUGGCGCUGACCGCCGCUGCCCUCCUCCUCGUCUGGAAGUUCACCCACGUCCACCGCUACCUGCUGGCCGACAACCGCCACUUCCCCUUCUACGUGUGGCAGCGGGUCUACCAGCGCCACCAGCUGGUGCGCUACUUCCUGGUGCCCGGGUACGUGUUCGCCGCGUGGACCUUCGUGGACACGCUCCUGCACGGCCGCUCGCUGUUCUGGGCGCUGGCGUUCUCCGCAUGCCUGCUGGCGUCCACGGUGCCGCAGAAGCUCCUGGAGUUCCGCUACUUCAUCAUGCCGUACCUGCUCUACCGACUGCACCUGCCGUUGGCCCCCACGCGCCGGCUACUGCUGGAGCUCGGGCUGUACACGGCCGUCAACGCCGCCACCAUCUACGUCUUCCUGCACAGGCCCUUCCAGUGGCCAGACAGCACGGCAGUGCAGAGGUUCAUGUGGUAGGGGCUACGACACACAAGACAAGAUACUGCAGAAGGCCUGGACUCAGACAGCAGAGCCAUGUUAGAGGCUACGAUUACGACACACAAGACAAGAUACUGCAGAAGGCCUGGACUCAGACUCAGUUAUUGUGGAUGACCUUAAAUAACCCUGAAUAAAUAAGUAGGUACUACGGUUAGAUGAGUCACAUUUUUGCAUUUGUGGGAUUUUUCAACCUGAGGCACAGGAUCCAGUGGAAAAAACAACAUAAUAACUAUAACUAUGUUAUGAGGUUUUUUUUUUUUAAUCUGUGCGAUAUAUAACCCACUAUACCAAAUGCCACUGGAAGUUGUCUCAGGGGUCCUUGCGCUGUUAUGUACAGGUCAGUCUCCACUAAUGUGAAGGGAGAUUGUUUAUUAUUAAUAUUAUUAUUGUAAUGUACUGGCUGGAAACUGUUAAAAUUGGAAAUGAAAACAUAACUUUUAGUAUCACCUUGUCAUUUCCACCAAGACAUUGGUUGUAUUGAUUUUAUUCAAGGUGAAAUGUGGAAAAAAAAAAAAACAAACAGGUAUAGCAGUCUGCUAAUAAUAGGCCGUGAAAGUAGAAAUAGCCAUUUGAAGAAAUAUGUAAAGGGGAACAAAAUGAAAUGCAAAUCUAUUUUUUUUUUUUUUUUUUACAUUUUUAUAUUGGUAGCAUUUCUGGUAGUAAGGCUAGUUUUUAGUUAUCAGCAUUUCAGAGUUUUGUCCUUACCAGACCUUUAAGUGUGAAAUCUCCCUGUGUUCAUCUCAAUUAGCUUAUUUGCCAUCUACCCAUGUGAAAUCUCCCUCUCAAUUAGCUUAUUUGCCAUCGACCCCAGAGUUAGAGAAGAGGAUACAUAUGGGUCUUUCCAUUAGUCUCGUACGCCCACCCGUACCACAUGUACGAAUGAGUUGCUAGCGCGAACGCUGGGGUUUGUAGUCUUUUUGGGAAGAUGGAUGCCACCAGGGCAGCAGCUGUCUCGUUAGUGCUGGACAUUGGUCUAGAACACGAGAACAUGUCCCUCAUUCUCCCUUGUUGGGUAUGGUCAAUGUGAAUUAAUAAUAAAACCUUUUUUUUUAGUAACUCUAUUUCGCCUAUUUCAAUUUCAACAAGUGCUGUCACGUUUCUCUCGAGCCACGAGGGGCAUUAACAGGAGGAUAGUCAUUGUUAUUGUUUUGUGCUACAAGUAGCCUCUUUAUCAAACCGGCUGGAAAACAAGUCAUUUUAUUGCACGCACAGCAAGACCGCGCAAUGCAUGAAUUGGUGACCGGAUUGAAGCAGCAAUGUAAUCUAGUGUGUAAGAGCAUUGCAUCGACAUUAAAAUGACCAACACAGUACAAAUACAAAGAAAAUACAUGUCAUCUCAUCUCAACUAUGGGCACAGCCAUGUUUGUCGUACAAGUGAGGGCCGCGGACCACUGGUUGAAAACCACUGUGGUCAUGAACAACACCCCCGAUCCAAACAGCCCCCCCCCACACACACACCCCAUUCAGUUUAGUUGUUGCUCUCUGAACCACUUGCCGUUAUAUACUGCUGUCUUCCAGGUUGUCAUAUGGCUGCUGCCCAAAAUAGUCCUCUGAUUUGCCUUGUGAGGCCGGGGGCUUUGUCGUAAGGUCGUACGGCCACCUUGGGGUACCCUCAAGAACUCUGGGUAAUUAAUUACACUUUCCAACUUGGGCGGGGGACUUACGAGACAAAUGGAAAGACGCAAUACUUCUUCUCUAAACGUACCACUAGCCUAGCUUAGCAUAAUUCACUGGAAGAUCGUUAGACUAGUUAGACUAAAAGGGAGUUAUAGGCUAAGAGGUCUAACCCAAUUCCGGUGAAUUAAUUCUUAAAAAAGGCGUGUUCCUUGAAAGCCUCGUAGCAUAUGCAAACUUGUUUACAUCUCCUAACUGCCUGUGCCUGUCUUCUGGAGAAGGUGUGUGACACACAUCUUAGCCUUUUUAUACCCCCGACAGAUUAUUUUGUGUCCUCGCCUGCUUGUUUGACACCUUGUCACCUUUCGGUUGUUAUGUUUUUUGAUCUGUCAAUUUCUUAUACUUAUUCCCUUUUCCCUCCUGGGAAUGUCCCAUUAUUAUGUGUUGAAUUCACUGUAUUUUUCCUUCAUUCAUGUUUCAGUCUUUGUGAUCAAGUGUUGAAGGUUUUAUAAUUCCAGACAAUUCCAAUAAAUUGAUGAUGAUGAUGA